CCAUCAGACCAUCCCUGACUCUGAGCAGAGUUCUUGCUUCAACAGUGAUUGAACGGAACACUCUCUGAGUCCUCCGCGCCUUCCUCCAACCUCUACUUAUUCUGCAUUGAGACUUUUUUUUUUGCAACCUUUUUUUGCGCCACCAAAACCACCAAGAAGCCGAAAUGGAAUCCCAGGUGCGCCAGAACUUCCACCGCGAUUGCGAAGCUGCCAUCAACCGCAUGGUGAACUUGGAGCUGUAUGCCUCCUACACCUAUCUCUCUAUGUCCUUCUACUUUGACCGUGAUGAUGUAGCUCUUCAUAAUGUGGCGAAGUUCUUCAGAGAACAAAGCCAUGAAGAGAGAGAACAUUCCGAGAAGUUCCUGAAGUACCAGAACAAGCGCGGGGGUCGUGUUGUCCUGCAGGACAUCAAGAAACCUGAACGUGAUGAGUGGGCCAACACUCUGGAGGCCAUGCAGGCUGCUCUGCAGCUGGAGAAGACUGUGAACCAGGCUCUUCUGGAUCUUCACAAAGUGGCCUCUGACAAGGUUGACCCUCAGCUCUGUGACUUCUUGGAAUCUGAAUACCUGGAAGAACAGGUGAAGUCUAUGAAGCAGCUUGGAGACUACAUCACCAACCUGAAGCGCCUUGGGGUGCCCCAGAACGGCAUGGGCGAGUACCUGUUCGACAAGCACACCCUGGGAGAGAGCAGCUAAGAUGUCUCCUUCCUGGAUACCUCCAGUCUACUCUGCAUUAACAAUUCCUUGUCUAUCUGUGGAAUUCAUGUAACAUCCUGUAGUUUGCUAUUAAACCUUUGUUAUCUGAGCAGAGAUGGCCGUGCUUGUCAACAAGUUUUCCAAUAAAGUUUUUCUGCAUUUUAA